AUGUGGAUAAAGAAAUCUACAAAAGGAAUUCAAAUAAAAAAUUUAGUUCAUCGUGAUUUUCAUACAGGAAAUAUAUUAAUUUUAAAUUACAUAAGUUAUUUUAGUAACUGUGUAUUAAUUUCAGAUAUGGGAUUAUGUGGAGAAGUAGAUGAAACUAAAAUUUAUGGAGUUAUGCCUUAUAUGGCUCCUGAAGUAUUAAGAGGAAAGCUUUAUACUCAAGCAGCAGAUAUUUAUAGUUUCGGUAUGAUAAUGUACUUUGUAGCAACUGGAAAACAACCUUUUGGCGAUCAUGCACAUGAUCAUCUUCUUGCAUUAGAUAUUUGCAAAGGAAUUAGACCUGAAAUAAGUGAGCCAGAAGCACCAAAAUAUUAUAUUGAUUUAAUGAAAAAGUGUUGGGAUUUAGAUAAAAAUAAUAGACCAGAUAUUUUUGAGAUAAAUAAAUUAAUCACAUCAUUUUAUGAGUUAUAUGUGGAGAAUUUUGUUACUGUAGAAAAUGAAGAAAUUGUAAUACAAUUUAAGGAGGCAGAAGAAUAUAGAAAAGCAAAUCUUACUUCCAUUGAAAAUUACCAAACAGCUACCCAUUCACAAGCUAUUUAUACAUCUCGAUUACUUAAUCCUAUUACAAAAGAUCUUCCAAAAAAUGAUGAUGAUUAUAAUUCUCAAUGUUUAGAUCAAGUAAUCUGACUCCAGAUGAAAUCCAAACAAAGUAUAUUAUAAUAAUAUUGUGUUUAAUUAAGAUGUGCUAAAAAUUAUUCACUUGAUAUAUAUUUAUAUAGCUAUUAUUUUAUAGUAAUUUGCAAUUAA